AUGGAGACCCUGCUGCAAGAGCUGAGCUCAGCUUCCAAGCUCUUAACUGACUUUAAGGACAUGUAUGAAUAUGAGACCCGUUUAAAAACCUUCACCAAGUGGCCCUUCCAGAAAAACUGCAAGUGCACUCCAGAGAAUAUGGCAAAGGCUGGCUUCAUCCAUUGUCCAAGUGCAAAUGAACCAGAUGUGGCAAAAUGUUUCUUUUGCUUGUUAGAACUGGUGGGCUGGGAGCCAAAUGAUGACCCAUGGGAGGAACACACCAAACGUCACACCUGUGACUUUUUAUCCCUUCCCAAGCACUUUGAUGAGCUGACAAUGGAGGAGUACUACAUGCUGGAGAUGACACGGCUGAGGACCUUCAUUUGCAAAGUUGGCAGCCGCACAAUAAACUCUUUUCAAGAAGAAGUCGCGGUGACGAGGCAGAGGCUCGUGAAUUACUUUGGCUCCAGACCCUCGCUGCCGGCACCGCUGCCUCCCGGGGAUGAGCCUUCAGCCCAGCAGCCAGGAGGCUCAGCUGCCGGGCAAAAGGAGCCCGGGACAAGUGAGCUGUGA